ACUGAGGUGUUCCACAGGAUGGGGUCGCAGAUGGCUGUGGCAGAUUUCCUCUCUUGGAAAGGAGGUGGGUUGGUCGGGUCCCCGGCCUGAGUCGGGCGGUGGGGGUAAGUGGAGGCUGGAGUGGAUGAGCACCAGUUUGUGAUUGUAGGGCGAGGACGGAGAAAGCAAAUGAUAAGGAGUGCACACCUGUGGGGAAUUUUUGGCUAAUGACUGUUCUCUGUUUCAGUGAGAUGAGACGAGGAUAAAAGAGAGAGACACACACUUCGAGAGAACGAGAGUGCAUGAUGCCAUGCGUGAGCUGAGAGAGUGUGUGUGUGCGUAAAAAUAAAAGAAACCCAAGAAUGAGAGAAAAAUAAUAAAUUAUGGGAGUGUGUCAAGCCUGCCUCUGUCUUCCAUCUCCUUGUCCCACCUUUAAACAGUGUCACAUCUAUCUAUUCCUCUGCUUUUCUUUCAGAUUCAUCCAUCUCUCCCUAUCUGUCUGUCUGUCUCUCUCUCUCUCUCUCGCUCUCUCUCUCUCUCUCGCUAUAGUAUGCUUAAUAAUAUUUCUAUGUGCAAUUCUAGGGCACAACAAGGUCAAAUGCACCUUUCUUUCUUUCUCUCCUGUAUGACAAAUGGUUUAAUUGAUCACAUGUUAUUCGCGUGACCACACACGUGUUUACAUGUGCAAUUUCAGGGCAACAUGUUAAAAUGCACUUUCACUUUUUUUUUUCCCUUUUCUUUUUUUUUUUUUUUUACAUAUAAUCACUAUUACUCAAAUAAUCACAUGUAAAAUGUAUGAGAUUUUUCCUUAAGUGGAAACUUUUAAGCUUGUACCUUCUGUUAAAUGUAUUUUCUUUCUUUCAUCUGUCUGUCACUUUGAGCUCCUGACACAACGCAGUGUUUCUUUUAUGAAAUGUACAUUUACUUUUUCUUUUCUUUCUAUUUGUAGAUUCUAUUUGUAAAGCAGGAGUUUUUUUUCUAACUAAACUCAAAACUCAGAAAUGUAAAUAUGUGGUUUUCCUGUUGGAUCACGUAAAUAGGGAUGACUGACAUAAGGUGUGUUAGAAGCCCCUCCUCGUUCCUGAAUUAUAACACACACACACACACACACACACACACACACACACACACACACAAAAUUAAACCUAUGAUUGGCUAUGGACUGACACCAUACCCUGCAGGAAAACAGUUUCUCCAAAGAAAACACACACUCACCAUACAAACACCAUACUCACAGACUACACACACAGACACACACACUUUACGACUUCAUUCUCUGAUGUAGAAAUGUUAAUCCUAAAACAAAAAAGUAUUAAAGGUUGUCUGUCUGGAAGAACCCUUAAAUGUAGAGCCUUACACAGAGUAAUCAAAAAGAUGUCUGAGAAGAACCCUUUCCGAAACACUUCAUUAAUCAAAGAAGCUUUGAAGAACCUUUUUUCUAAGAAUGUACCUUUAUACAUUACCUGUCAACAGUCAUUUAAAAGUGUACACACAAACCCUGAAGCCUAUUCAUUGAGUAAUGAAAAGAAUGGUUGGUGCAUGUGUGUGUGUGUGUGUGUGUGUGUGUGUGUGCCCAGGGAUAUAUUCUAAUGCCAAUUGGGUGGAAAAAUGUCGACUUUGUUCCUCUCUCUUGCCCUACCUCAGUCUCUCCAUUUUUCUCAGGCUAAGCUAAAGUUGAUGAGUCUUUUUCUUUCUUUCACACACACACACACACACACACACACACACACACACACACACACACACACACACUAACUUCAGUCAUUCAGCACCUCAUCAACUGCUACGGGAUGGGGGAAUUACUUCACCCAACCUUUGUUGCUUGAUUUUUCUUGUAGUUCUGAGGUAGAGAAAGAGGAACAAGGAGAAGACAGGAGAAAACAGAAGAAAAGAGAAGACAGACAUGGGAAGAAGGGAGAAGACAGCAAAAGACGGUUUAGUUUGGACAAGCGGUGACAGGAGAAGAAGACAGAAGACAGGCAGAGACAGUAGAUGGCAGAAGACAGGAGAAGAAGACAGAAGAUAGGAAGAGACAAAAGACAGAAGAAGAGAGAAAACCAGAGGAGACAGAGCUUUGGUUUGGACAGGAGGAGACAGGGGUUUAGUUUGUACAGGAGGAGACAGAGGUUUAGUCUGGACAGAAGGAGACGGGGGUUUGGUUUGAACAGGAGGAGACAGGAGACAGGAGGAGACAGAGGUUUAGUCUGGACAGGAGGAGACGGGGGUUUGGUUUGGAUGGAGUGAGUGGAGUUUAUUUGGAGAUCAAGGCAUGAUGAAGCUGCAACUCGACCUCAUGCUCCUGCUGUGUAGCUCCAUCUGUCUGCAACUUCUGCAACUUCUCCAUCACACUCACGCUCACACUGCAGCUCUUUGGGAAGCCGAUCCUUCAUACUGGAAUGAACAAGCAAAGAAAACUCUGGAUGAUGCACUUAAACUCCAGCCAAUGACUCACAGAGCCAAAAACAUCAUACUCUUCCUCGGUGAUGGAAUGGGCGUGUCCACUGUCUCAGCUGCCCGAAUCCUGAGAGGACAGAUGGAUGGAGGAUCAGGGGAGGAGACUAUCCUCGCCUUGGAUACAUUUCCUUACCUUGCUCUGUCAAAGACAUAUAGCGUGGAUAAGCAGGUAGCGGACAGUGCGAGCACAGCUACAGCAUACCACUGUGGUGUUAAAGCGAACUCUAAAACUGUGGGUCUCAGUGCGACCGCCAUCCCCUACGAGUGCAACACGACCUUCGGAAAUGAAGUUUACUCCGUCCUGCACCGUGCUAAAUUGCAAGGUAAAUCAGUUGGCAUUGUGACCACCACUCGAGUUCAGCAUGCAUCUCCGGCAGCGGCGUAUGCCCACUCCGUGAGCCGUAGCUGGUACAGUGAUUCUGAUUUACCACCUGAAGCCCAACAAGACGGCUGUGUGGACAUUUCCACUCAACUUAUCACCAACACUGACAUUGAUGUUAUUCUCGGAGGUGGACGGAUGUACAUGACACCCAAGGGCACUCCGGAUCCAGAAUAUCCAUCUUCAUCAUCACGGAAAGGUGACCGUGAGGACAAGAGGAACUUGAUUGAGGCAUGGCUAGAUAAGCAAAAGGACAGAAGCGUUCAGUUUGUUUGGAAUAAAGAGCAGUUUAAUGCAGUGGAUGUGAACACUACAGACUGUCUGAUGGGGCUGUUUGAACCAAAGGACAUGAAGUUUGAGGUGUUCAGGAACCGGACAAGUGAUCCCUCCAUUGUAGACAUGACUGAGAAAGCCAUUCAUAUCCUCAAGAAGAACCCAAAUGGAUUUUUCCUUUUUGUGGAAGAUGAGGGCAGGAUCGAUCAUGGCCACCACGCUGGUAUCGCUAAACUGGCGCUAACAGAGACAGUGAUGUUCGACCAAGCAGUUCGUCGAGCAUCUCAGCUCACCGAAGAGUCUGAAACUCUCACCAUCGUCACUGCAGAUCACUCACACGUUUUCACAUUUGGCGGGAGCACACCACGGGGGAACCCUAUUUUUGGUCUGGCACCGAAGAAUGCAGAUGACAGACUUCCAUUUACUAGUAUUCUGUAUGCUAACGGGCCCGGAUAUGUGCAUGUAAACGGGACGAGAGCGAACGUGUCAGCGGUGGAUUACUUCGAUGAGGAAUACAUGCAACAGGCUGCUGUGCCAUUAGACGCUGAGACUCAUGGAGGCGAAGACGUGGCGAUUUACGCUAAAGGCCCAAUGGCGCAUCUUUUCCAUGGCGUUAAAGAGCAACAUUACAUCGCUCACGUGAUGGCAUAUGCCGCCUGCCUCCAUCCCUACACCGACUGUCCCCCUGAGCUUAACUCUGCCCCCCGACUCACUCUCUCUUUGUCGCUCAGUUUAUCAUGUGCAGUGAUUUGGUUUAGCUCAAGAUAAUGGUGUUAAUCUACCCCUGUGCUCCAAAAUAUUAGUCAGGUAACUAGGUAGCUUAGCUAAUGUUAAUGCUAUCUCUGACGUUAACGUAUCCAGCCAAGUUUUCUAGCUGAUAUUAAGUAAACUAUUAUACUGUGCAAUUAAAAGUAAAGGCUAGCAUGUAUUUGCCAGCAUGUUAGCUAAACACAAUCAGAUGUGAAUUUUUGAGGGGAAGGUGAUGAGCAUUUGUUGAAGACUUUAUUUGAAACUCAGGGAUGGUUUUGUAACAGAGUCCCUUUUUUUAUAUAAAUAUUGUUUUUGCAGUUUUACAAUCAUUUCACCCAUCCAUGAUCACCUAUAUAAAGAAAAUGCUUUAAGUAGACGUUAGUGUGUCUUUUUUCAUAUUUUGACUUGGGUUUUUUUGUUUGUUUGUUUGUUUGUUUGUUUGUUUUAAACGAGCGAAUUUUCUAUGCAGAAGUUUUAUAUGAAUUUUCUAAAGUAGGAGUUUUCUGUAGAGUUUAUAUUUAUAAUGCAAACUGAACCAAAUUUUUUAAAAAUUAAAUGCUCAUAUAUUUUACAUAUUAUAAGAAUUUCUACUUGUGUUUUAUCACAGAUGAGAAGAAAAUAUAAAAAGAUCCAUCCAUCCAUCCAUUUUCUAUACCGCUUAUCCUACUGGGUCCCAGGAAGCAUUGGGCACAAGGCAGGGUACACCCUGGUCAGGGUGCCAAUCCAUCACAGGGCACAAUCAUAUACACAUUCACACUCCUAUUCAUACACUACGGACACUUUGGACAUGCCAAUCAGCCUACCAUGCAUGUCAUUGGCUUGAGGAGGAAACCGGAGUACCUGGAGGAAACCCCCACAGCACGGGGAGAACAUGCAAACUCCGCGCACACACAGGGCCACAGCGGGAAUCAAACCCCCAACCCAGGAAGUGUGAGGCAAAUGUGCUAACCACUAAGCCACCAUGUGCCCAUAUAAAUAGAUAUAUAUUUUUAAUACAAAUAUUAUUAUAUGCAAUAUUAUACACCGUAACAUUAA